AUGGUUUUUUUCGGCGGUGGGAGAGAAAUUGAGAGCAUUUGUGUAGCUUGUCUUGGUAUCUUGGAAAAGGCUAAUGAAAGUGCUUUCAUUGAUAAGAUACAAUCAGCAGUCAAGAGUAGUGGUCAUCAGUUUGAUAGUUUUGUGUUGGCUGUUUCUGUGUCGCAUUCCUUGACUCUUCGCCAGCACUCAUUAUCCAUAUUUCUACAAGAAAAAUUCAGUUCAGCAUUUGACAGAAAGGAACUGGAUGAGAUCCCAAGAGUCAAGGAUGUGUUCAAAUGGGUUCUUGGUCCAAAACUAGAGGAAAGAUUACAAGUUAACUACAAGCCAUUGAGCCCCUUCAAGAUUUCAUUGGAUUUUACCCAUAAAGAUGCAGAGAGAGAGGUUGAGUUUCUAAAUGAUUCACCAAAGUCAAGGCUGCGACAACGGAGGAAACGACGUAAAACAGAAAACAAUCCAGAGCAAGGAAAACUUUCAUCGUCAUCUGUCAACAAAGCUCUUGCGGAACUAUCAACUGUGGAUCUCCUAAAAAGAGUCACCGACUGCCCACCAAAGUCAGCUCAGUCACCCAUUGAGUUAUCACAGAUAACAUGUGGUCACGAUUCCAUCUAUAUUGCAGGAAGAUACAACAAGUAUUCACGAACUCUUCCUCAAACGCCUUGGUUAAUCGACAACGUUCGACUCCGCGAGUCGUCAGUUGAGGAAAAAAUAUGUGACCUCCUGACAGCCAAGGUCAGGUGUGACGAUCAUAAAUUCGCCUCCGCCGGACGAGAAGACGUUGACGUGCGCAUGCUCGGUAACGGAAGGCCCUUUCUGGUUGAACUGAUCAAUCCGCGCAUUACUCGUCUGAAGGAGUCUUUCUUCGCUGAACUUCAAAGAGAAAUAAACUCUUCAUGUUCCGACGUUGCCAUCAGAGACCUCCAGCAGGUUACAAAGGAGCAGUGUCUCGCCCUGAAAGACGCGGAAACAAACAAGACUAAAACUUAUCGGGCGUUGAUAUGGACUGAAAACGAAGUUACUGAAGAACAGCUUCAGAAACUUAAUGACAUGAAGGAUGUAAAGAUUUAUCAGAAAACUCCUUUGCGUGUAUUGCACAGGCGUCCUUUGGCUGUGAGGGAGCGAUACAUUUUUAGCAUGAAAUCAGAACGGAUCGACUCCAAUCACUGGAAUCUUUUUCUUAAAACCCAGGCAGGAACUUAUAUCAAAGAGUUUGUUCAUGGAGACUUCGGAAGAACGAAACCAAGCUUGGGAGAUUUGUUAAACGCUGAAACGGACAUUUUAGAACUGGAUGUAGAGUCAGUGGAUGUCGACUGGCCUCCAAGGAAAGAUGAUAACAGUGCAUUAAACGACAAAAGUUAACUUGGUUGUCGAAUGCCUCCUAAUUUUUACACGCGAACCGCUGGUCAGAGAGUCUGGUCAGCAUUAAAAACAUUUGGCGUCACCUCAUAUCAGGCAAAAUGGCGGAGUGCUGUGGAGGCGUUUUGCGUCGCGAUGAACCAAAAGAAGUAAGACUAUCAUGACGACGAUAACGUUACGAUGAUGAUGACAAUGAUCACGAUGACUAUGAAGAUGAUGACGAU